AUGCCCGUUGCAGUGGUGGACGUGCUUGUGCUGUGCGUGGUGUCAGUGGGCAUCGCCGUCGUGGCGUGGGACCCGACGCUCCCUAACCUUGCCAGAUGCCCGUGCAGUCGCUUGCGGAUACCUUCACACCGCACACUCCCUGGCGCCCACACAAGUGGCUGGAAGGAGGUGUGGCUGUUUGCUGGGUUCCUUGCUGUCGCUGUGGCCAGCGUGCUGCACUACCACUGCCACGUGCACUUUCAGGAUCUUGACCGUGUUGCAUCUGCGCUCGCUGCUGCUGUUGGGGACGUUGCUUUCGGCGUGGGAGCCUCAACGGCUUAA